AUGGGGGAGGAGCCGAGUCCUGCCCUGCACGUCAUUGUGCUGGGCUCCGGCGGCGGCCCCCAGGAAUCUAACACAACUGCGUUCCUCGUGCGCGCCGCCUCGCACAACUGGAGCAAGAGCUCUCUCGUCGCCGUCGAUGCCGGCGUCCACCUCUCCGCCAUCACCCGCCUGCUCCGCGACGCCCUCACCUCGUCGCCACCCACCAGCUUCCCGCACACGCUCACCUCGGGCCCCUUUGCCGGCCUCUCCCUGCCAUUCACCUCGCCCGAGGCCAAUGCCGCCCACAUCACCCGCGCCCUCGUCGACACGUACCUCUUCACGCACCCGCACCUCGACCACAUCGCCGGCUUCGUCAUCAACACGGCCGGCCUGCCGGGCACCCGUCCUAAAAAGAUUGCCGGACUGCCCAGUACGAUCCAUGCCUUCAAGACGCACAUCUUCAACAACGUCAUAUGGCCCAACCUCAGUGAUGAGAACAAUGGCGCCGGCCUCCUGACGUACCUGCGACUCGUCGAGGGGGGCAGCCCGGCCCUUGGUGACGGAGAAGCCAAGGGCUAUCUGGAAGUCUGCGACGGGCUUCUGGUCAAGACAUGGAGUGUCAGUCACGGUCAUUGCAUCGAGAGACACAGCCACCGUGGUUCCUCCGCCUCGAGCGCCUCCCCUCGCUUCGGCAGCCACGAUGCAUCUAGCCAGGCGUCGCGCCGGGACGGCCACCCGCUCUACGCGUUCAAUCACCACGCGCAGUCGUACUACCCGCCCUCUGCGCCUUCGUCGCAACCCCUGACCCGGAGCCAGACGCUGCUCGGCCAGGCAGCCUUUGGUCUCGGCGGGGCCUCCCCCCAGGCGUCGCCCGACGUGCAGGAGCGAUACUGCGUCUACGACUCGAGCGCCUACUUCAUCCAGGACGCCGACCACCGCCGCGAGGUGCUCAUCUUUGGCGAUGUCGAGCCCGACAGCAUCUCCCUCAACCCGCGCAACCUCGGCAUUUGGCAGGAAGCCGCGCCCAAGGUCGCCGCCGGCACCAUGGCGGCCAUUUUCAUCGAGUGCAGCUAUGACGACUCCCAGAGCAACGAUCGCCUGUACGGGCACCUCAAACCCGUCUUUGUCAUAGAGGAGCUCGCCGUCUUGGCCGCCGAAACAGAAAUGGCCCGCAGGCUGCAGUCUCUCGAGUCGCGCAAGCGCAAGCGCAUGGCCAGCAUCAGCGACGAGCCCGGUGGCCGCCCCAACCCCGGACGGGUGACCUCGUCGCUUUCUUCCACCUCUACCCCAGCUGAGGAACCCGUGUCUCCCAAGUCGGUCAAGCCGGCCCCGGUUACUCCGGCGGUGAGGGCGUUCGAAGCAGCCUCACCUGACACACCACACCUCGCAACGCCUACGGACGAGCUGUCGCUGCGUGAAGCUGAGGAGCUUGACAAUGGUGCCGGAGUGCCUCCUCGCCGGCCGCUAGAGGGGCUCAAGGUUGUCAUCAUCCACGUCAAGGAGCGGCUGACGGACGGGCCCGACGUUGGGGAAACGAUAUUGAGGCAACUGCGCGAACAUGAGCAGGAGGCGCGCUUGGGCUGCGAAUUUAUCGUCUCCAAGCCUGGACAGAGCUUUUACUUUUAG